AUGACUACGGGCAAUUUACAAGUUGCAAUUUAUGGAUUCACAGCUCGAAGCAGAGCUUUUGAGCCAGCCGGAAUAUGCUAUGAAACUCGCCUUAUUCGAGAUAAACUCACACUGGGCCACUGUACGCUUCCAAUCUAUAAAAACUCUCCUGUUGCAAAGCCUGUUACGGAACAGCAAAGAAAAAAGUCGUCUGAAGAGCCAGCUGAAUUGAGAAAAGAUCUUUUUGAUGCUGAUAAUGAAAAAUAUGAAAAGUACUUGAUGAAGCUGGAUCCAAAUGACUGCAAAAAUCAGGAUCACUACAAAGUUUUAGGAUUGUCGAAGCUCAGAUGGCAAGCUACAUCUGACGAAAUUCGUUUCUGUUAUCGUCAAAAGGUUUUGAAGCAUCACCCGGACAAGAAGAAGCAUCGUGGAAUUGUUAUGGAGAAGGAAGAAUACUUUACUUGUAUCACAAAAGCUUAUGAACAAGUUGGAAUGUCUGACGUCAAACGUCAAGCUUUCGAUUCGGUCGAUCAUAAAUUCAACGAUAUUAUUCCAAAUGAGAAAUCAAUCAACCAUAAUAACUUUUAUAACGAACUUGCUCCAGUUUUCCAAUUAAACUCCAGAUGGUCCAAUAUCAAGCCAGUGCCAGAACUUGGUAAAUCAGAUGCGACCCGGGAGGAUGUCGAGAAUUUCUACGAUUUUUGGUUUAACUUCCAGUCAUGGCGCGAGUUCUCGUAUUUGGACGAAGAAGACAAGGAAAGAGGAGAAGAUCGGUACGAAAGACGAGAGAUGGAGAAACAGAAUAAGGCAGAAAGAGAAAGACGGCGGAAAGAAGAGGCGAAGAGAAUUAGAAAGUUGGUUGAUAUAGCUUAUGCUAAGGAUCCUAGAAUUAUCAAGUUCAAGAAGGAACAGCAAGCGAAAAAAGAUAAAGCAAAGGAAGAUAAGCAAAGAGCCAUCCGUGAAAAGCAAGAAGCUAUCGACCGUGAGAAGCGUGAAAAGGAAGAAGCCGAAGCUAAGCAGAAAGAGGAAGCUGACAGAAAAGCAAAGGAAGAAAGAGAGAGAGAAAAGAAAGAGCGUGAUAUUGCCAAGAAAGCUAUGUCUCAGCAGCGUAAGCGUCUGAAGAAACUCGCUGAUGAAGCUGGCCACUGGACGGAGAAUCCUCGCGAUAAGCUCACUGAAAUGGAAAGAAUUGAGCGGAUUUGCAUUGGGUUCACUGUUGAUCAACUCAGAGAGCUGUGCGAGAAGGUCGAAUCACUUUCAAUUGCUUCUGAAAUUCAAACUGCGCUAACAGAUGCUGAAAUUCUGAAGAAAGAAGCUGCUGGAGCAAAGGUCACAAUCACUGAGGAUAAGAACAAAGAAAAUGAAAAGCAAGCCGACAAGGAGACAUGGACUAGUGAAGAGAUUCAAUUAUUGGUUAAGGCUUCAAACACAUUCCCACCUGGAACCGUGGAGAGAUGGGUUCAAAUUGCCGAUUACAUUAACGAGCAUCGCAAGGAUUCUACGGGUUUACCACCAAAAACUGAAAAACAGGUUAUCAAGCAAUGCAAAGCUGUUCAAACGAUGAACGUCAAGCUACCAUCAACUACUCAAAAUCAGCUAGGAACUGCGCUACCAGAUGAGGAUGUCUGGUCAGCAACCGAACAGAAAACUUUAGAGGACGCUAUCAAGAAGCAUAAGUCAAGUGAUCCCGAGCGGUGGGAAAAGAUCUCAACAGAAGUUGGCACAAAGUCCAAAAAAGCCUGCAUUCGUCGUUUCAAGUAUCUCGUUCAAAUGGUUAAAAAUAAGAAAUGAUCUUCUAGUCCAAGUAAUAUCUUCUCUAAAUCUUCCUCAUCCCUUCAUAUUAUUUCUUGUUUCUCCUCCAUAACUCUUGUUUCCGUUCCCAUCACAUUUUAGCUCGUUAUAUUGUUUUUUCUUCAUUUAUUCAUUUAUUCUUGAAAGCCUUAAUCAUUCUUGACUCUUGACCAACUCAAAUUCAGUAGUACUAUGUACUUUUUUUUUUGUUUCUGUCAUCAAACUUUUUCUGCAGUGCUCAAUAUUCAUGUCUCAGUUAUGAACAUUAGAUGAACGGUGCGUCCCUAUC